AAAAUGUACUCUAAUGGAACUUGUGAGGACAAUUCUGCAGUUGCUGAAGGUUUUUGUGGUUGGUUUCAUGACUCUAUUGUUUGCUGGCCCCCGACACCAGCUGGUAGCAAAGCUUACCACGCAUGCGCAGAUAUUCAAGAUCUUCAGGAGCCUUGUCAUACCGGCAAAGCAUUUAGGUUUUGCGAUGACUCCGGAUUUUGGGAUGAACUUGCCGACUAUUCAGCCUGUCUACCACAACAAGAGAAGGAUAGGGGGGCUAUGCCCAGUAUUGUAGCUUAUCUUUACUUCAGUUUAUCCCUGAUGUCCCUGGUUCUUCUAAUGGUUUGCAUGUAUAUCUUUAUCAUGUUCAGAUCUCUUCAAUGUCCCCGGCUGACUGUCCAUAAGCACCUGGUGGCGAGCUUAUUACUGUUCUAUAUCUCCCUGCUGGUCUACCUAGAACCAUACAUCACCAAGAGAAAACUGGGACCAGACUACAGAGAAUAUCCCUGGUUCUGUAAGUUUAUCCUGGUCCUGCAGGUGUACAGUCAAAUGGCUUCAACUAAUUGGUUGUUUAACGAAGGGUUCUAUCUUCACUCAAGAAUUACUGUCCAGAUCUUUAAUUCAGAAGCUCCAGUCAUACUUUUCAACAUUGUUGGAUGGGUGAUGCCUCUUGGCUGGGUGAUGGUAUGGGCUGGUAUGAUGGAAUCUGAGCUAGCUGAGGUAGAUUGUACCUUAGACUGCUGGGCUGGAUGGUCUAAUUCACCCUACAUCUGGCUUCUUACUGCUCCCAUGAUGUCAGCAUAUUUUGUGAAUCUACUGUUUUUGUUGAAUAUUGUUCGAAUUCUGGUUUCUAAACUUCAAGCUAACAGUACGCCUGAGGUCGAUCAAGUCAGGUUAGUUUUCCUACAGGUCUUUUAA